AAUUUUUUUCUUCCCCAUAAUUUCAAUAAUAAUGAAUUUUAGCGAAACGCAGUAUUGUUUUGAUUGAACAAAUCUUCUGAAUCUAUCCCAAAAUCACAGUCUCGAAACCCUAGAAGAUCAAGCUCCCCUUUUUCUUUCUCUCGUUUCCCUCUCAAAAAAGGCUCCCUUUCCACUCCUAGUCGGCGAUUGGAUCUCUGGGGUUUCUUUCUUUAAGCGAUUUCGAUCUUAAACCUGAGGCUGUGGAAUUCGGAAUUCAGAUUGAAGUUAGUGGGGUUGAAGUAGGAUAGUUGCGUUGGCGCUGGCAAUGCCAUUAUUGUGGUUAGUGAGGAGCUAUUCGGUGAUUUUUGAGAUACCGAAAACGCAAAAUGUCUUGGGCAGGCCCUGAGGAUAUUUACCUUUCUACUUCACUUGCUAGCUAUCUUGACAGUGAGGCUGAUUUUGUAUUAUGUACUAAUUUGUAUGGUCUGACAAUAAUUGUUGUUGUAGAGAAACUUCUUGUAUUACUGAGAGAUGGCAGAAAGCUCAUGGGGAUACUUCGCUCUUUUGAUCAAUUUGCUAAUGCAGUUCUUGAGGGUGCCUGUGAGAGGGUUAUUGUUGGUGAUCUGUAUUGUGACAUCCCUUUGGGUCUCUAUGUAAUCCGUGGAGAAAAUGUUGUUCUAAUCGGUGAGCUGGACUUGGAGAGGGAGGAACUUCCCGAACACAUGACUCGUGUUUCUACAGCAGAAAUCAAGAGGGCACAGAAAGCAGAAAGGGAGGCCUCAGAUCUGAAAGGGACUAUGAGGAAAAGAAUGGAAUUCCUUGACUUUGAAUAGUAAACCCUGAUUCAUCCUUCACCUUCCCCAUCCGCAAAUAUUAUAGCGGCUGUUCUUCAUAUAUUUUGCUUUCUUUUUCUCUGCUAUUGUUGCCUUUCAUGGGAGGGUUCAAUACUCUUGAAUUUUGUUCUGUAAUAUUAGCUUCAGGAAUCAUUACUAUCAUUCAUUUGCUUUCAAAAAAUUCUCAAUUAAUAUAAGCAUGAUUUCAAUUCCUUACCA